AUGUCAGUGUUGACUUUACAAGAAUAUGAAUUCGAAAAGCAGUUCAACGAGAAUGAAGCCAUCCAGUGGAUGCAGGAAAACUGGAAGAAAUCUUUCCUGUUUUCCGCUCUGUAUGCUGCCUUUGUCUUUGGCGGUCGGCACCUAAUGAACAAGCGGGCGAAGUUUGAACUGAGGAAGCCUCUAGUGCUCUGGUCUCUGACCCUUGCAGUCUUCAGUAUAUUCGGUGCUCUUCGAACUGGUGCUUAUAUGGUGUACACUGUGAUGACCAAAGGCCUGAAGCAUUCAGUUUGUGACCAGGGUUUUUACAAUGGACCUGUCAGCAAAUUCUGGGCUUAUGCAUUUGUGCUAAGCAAAGCACCCGAACUAGGAGAUACAAUAUUCAUUAUUCUGAGGAAGCAGAAGCUGAUCUUCCUACACUGGUACCACCACAUCACUGUGCUUCUGUACUCCUGGUACUCCUACAAGGACAUGGUUGCUGGGGGGGGUUGGUUUAUGACUAUGAACUAUAGCGUGCACUCUGUGAUGUACUCGUACUAUGCCUUGCGAGCGGCGGGUUUCCGCGUCUCCCGGAAGUUCGCCAUGUUCAUCACCCUGUCCCAGAUCCUUCAGAUGCUGGUAGGCUGCGUCAUUAAUUACCUGGUCUUCCAGUGGAUGCAGCACGACCAGUGUCACUCCCACUUCCAGAACAUCUUCUGGUCCUCGCUCAUGUACCUCAGCUACUUCGUGCUCUUCUGCCACUUCUUCUUCGAGGCCUACAUUGGCAGCAAGAUGAGGAAAGCAACGAAGGCUGACUAG